AUGAUGGAGGACAAUGCCAUAAUGCUUGAGAAAGAUCAUAUCAAAACUUCGAUGAGUUAUCGCGUCGCUGCUAUUGGUCUAGUGGUUUUUGUGGUUUUUGGAGCUAUCCUUGGCACGUCCACAAAUGUGUUCAAAUCAUCGGAUCCUCAAUCACCGUUAUUAGACUCGUCAUCAGAUCUUUUGAGGCGUGGUGUUUCUCGACAGACUUCCGAGCUUCCCACACAAGCUCCUUUUGAUGUUCAAUCGUUUAUUGAUGAUCAAGUCGCCCAAGGCGAAACGCAUAUCAUAAUACCCCCUGGACGACACUAUGUGGAUCCACAACAUAACUACGGGAAAGUCCAUCUGCUAUUUCAAAACUUGCAAGACAUUGUCAUUGAUGGUAUGGACGAGGCCGAAAUUGUAUGCACCAAAACUACAAGAGCGAUCAAUCUAUUGAACUGCAGAAACGUUACCUUGAAAGGUUUGAUUGUGGAUUACGAUCCAUUGCCGUUUUCGCAAGGCAUAAUUGAAAGCAUUUCGGAUGACCAACUGGAAUUGACCGUUUCCAUGAUUGAUGGAUAUCCAGCAGCCGACACGAUUGAAGAAAUGGGAAAAAUUGAAAUCUACGACCCCGCUACUGAUGAACUUGCUACACCCACAUACUAUGGAGUAAAUGUCGGUUUGGCAGAUGGAACUGGAAAGAAUGUCGUAGUGAAGAAACAGCUACAUCAUGUGCCGCUGUCAGAAGAAAAAGUGGGCGAUAUUGUGGUAUUUGGCUCCUCCAACAUUGCGAAUCCGAUUCCUCAUGCAAUCUACGCCCAGGACUCCACAGAUUUGCUUUUUGAACGAGUCACGCUGUAUGCCUCCAAUAAGUUUGGCUUCCUAGAGAGGGAUUGCACGGCAUCUGGAUACGUUAGCAGCUCUGUUGACCGUCGACUACCCGAGGACGACAUCAAGCAACGUGGAUACAGACGCCUUCGUAGUGCAAAUGCGGAUGCCUUUCAUUCGAAACAUGCACCAAUUGGGCCUCGGUUCCAAAAUGUAAUUGCCCGGUACAAUGCGGACGAUGGAAUCGCCAUCAAUGGCGACUACCAUCUUAUUUCAAAUGUUCCUUCUGGUUUGGAUAAUACGAUUCGUGUCAUUGGAAAAAAUGAUGAUGUGCCAAAUCUAUCCGAAGGCGAUAUGGUGGAGCUGGUCAAGUACAGUGGCGAACGCAUUGAGAGUGCCAAGAUCCUAUCGUUCGAUACCGAAAGUAGCUAUCCACUUGACCAAGCCGAGAAAGAAUUUCUAAAUCAACAAAGCUUUGCCGGUCGGACCAAGCUGACGAACUUCGCCACCAAGGUGUACACGGUGACAUUGGACCGCUCUAUUGACGUGACAAUGGGUAGUCUUAUCGCCUCGGCAAAUCGACUUGGCAAUGGUUUCCGAGUGCAAGACUGUAUCUUGGGACCAAACAGAGCACGGGGGAUGCUCGUCAAGGCUAGUGAUGGAGUUGUUACUGGGAACAUUGUUCAAGACACUUGGUUAUCAGGAAUCAUGCUCGCUCCCGAAUACUCGUGGCUGGAAGCAGGUACCGGAGCCAAUCUGCUGAUCGCCAACAAUACCAUUACGAGAUCUCGUGACGUUGCCAUCAAUUUGCAUGCACGGGGUGGAGAUGGUACAGUCGCUCCACCUGGUGCACAUUCUGGAAUAACGAUAGAAGACAAUCGCAUUGUGGAUUCGUCCAUGCCAGCGAUUGCUGUGACAUCGACAAAGGACUUAUUCCUCUUUCGAAAUACCAUUGAUGGGGCCAACAAUGCCUAUGUUCCACGAUGGAUGAGAGGAGAGUUUGGCCGAGAAGAAGACCCCAAUCGACAGGUCUAUUUGGAGAACGUCGCAGGUGUCGUCACAGGCCUUGGCUUCACGAAUCCUUAG